CCCUCCCGAUCUCUGCUCCAUCUUUCUCAGUCUCCUCCCUCUCUCUCCAAUGCAUCUCCGCCAUCUCUUCUCUCUCUCCAUUGCAGCAGCCGUGAAGCUCUUACCCGAAGAAACACAUGCCAUUCGAAGCCCUUCUCAUAUCUUUGAGGCAUCUUUUAAAACCAAAGGAAUCUGAGGCUCCUCUCCAUAGGUGAUGAUUGUGGAUAUCAGUCCUCUACUUGUGAAUGAUCUGUAUUUUCUGGAAGAAUUAUGUACAUGAUUGCUGUGGCCACAACAUUUCUUCUGUGGUCUCUGCCAAAACUUCCUGAGGUUAUCUUACUUGAAGACCUUAUCGUGAGCAUCGCUUUGUCAUUGAGACAAGAAAUGAACAAUGCUUUUUAUCAUUGGGACUUCAGAAAAUAUCUUAUGGUGAUUGUGGGCUUGUGGGUUGUUUCUAUAAUUGGUAGUUGGUUCAAUUUCUUGACUCUCUUCUACAUAGGAAAUUCCUGUUGGCAGGGGCAGGGGCAAUUUGUGUCCAAUACAUCCGUAAAGACUAUUGCUCUUGUUUUUAUUAUUAUUCAUUUAUUAUGCCGUUGCUAUGGAUUUUCUUUAGAUUCAGCUUGAGUUCUUGUACGUCUAAGUCUGAUUUAUGACAAUCCUUGCAUUGUCCGAUAUGUUUUGUAUCAAUGUGUGGGCUUUAUUGAUAUUUAUAUCAAUUUCUGCAUUGAAGAAAUGUGAUCUUUGCUUCAACGCAAAAUUGGCUUUUUAGUAUAUGUGGUUUUAUAAUGUUUAUAAGUAACAUUGUUAUGUUAAUUAAUGCACAUGAAGAUUGCACAAAAUUUCAGAAUGUUGAAAUUUGCAAUGAUGGGCAGCUUGGUAUCUUGAAUGUUACUCAGUCCCAAGUACGUACAACAUACUUGGCCCAUCUACAAGCAAUCUUCCAUGAAUCUGACUAUGCGACCAAGCUAAAGCAAGCCCCAAUUGCGAUGUCUAGACAGCUGAACUGUCUAGGCAGCUAAACUUGUCUUUUUGUGCUCUUUGGGAUUUUUAUUGUGAUAUUGAUUUACAAAUGAUAGCUGCUUCACUAUAAUUUCAUGCUUUUAUAUUCUUAUAUAUGCUCAGAAAUUAGUCCUUUUCUAUUUAAUAUUCCUACAACCCUUUUGUAUGU